AUCACACUUUUUGCUAUCGUCCACAGGUGGCGCUGAGCACAGCACAGAUGAUGUUUACAUUUUGUGAGGUGAUUGACCGAAUUCCGUGAUUUUCAGCGAUUUUUGUGCCUCUCAAGACCAGAAAAAUGGACAAAAUAGCCAUCAAACAAGAGUUUUCAUCCUCUAGUAUUAUUUGUCGCUUGUGUCUGAUUCAGAACUCAACGUAUUGCACAGCUUUCGAGGCGAACAAGUAUUGCCUAGACAUUGUUGAUGUUCUCCGAACGCUUCUUGGGAUUUCUGUCUCACCCAUGGACAACUGGCCAAAGAGUGUAUGCACAGCGUGUGUAGAGUUGCUCAAUGACUUCUGGAUGCUCCUGAUUAAAGCCAAGGAGAAUGAAGCUCGCUUGACUGAGGUUUUUGGAGAAUACAAAGUCAGAGAUGAUAAAAUAUUGCAGGAAACCAGAACAUCUCCUGUUUUUGUGUCGACAAACGUGAAGGAAGAAGUCAAAGACGAAGACACUUGCAUAUCAGACGCAGGAGAUGAAGGGGUAUCAAAAGUAAGCAGAAGGAAGGAAUCUAAAAGAGUGGCGAGGAAGCGAAAAUCUCCAGUUCCUGGACAACAAGUGAAGGACAGUAGGAAAACAUUGGAUGAGAAGACAGAUGCAGAAAUCCAUGCCUUCUUCAAAAUGGAAUGCGUUCUCUGCAAUGGCUUGGCAUUUCCUCGCUUUCCUGAUCUCCAGAAGCACUUUAGGGCGAAACACAAGCGUCGCGGAUUCGUUGUGUGUUGUGGAAAGAAGCUGAAGGCUCCUCUCUACCUGCAAAUGCACAUGCAGGAUCACAUACAGCCGGUGAAGCAUCAGUGCUCGGUGUGCCUGAAGUUCUACAAGACCACAGAGACUCUCGCGAAGCACAAGAUUCUGGUGCACACGCCAGUCGAGGAGCGCGAGUUUGCGUGCGAUAAGUGUCCGCUGCGCUUCGCAGUGGCAGCUGCUCUCAAGGCGCACCUCAUAAAUCACACCGCGCCUGAAGACAGGAAGCACAUCUGUGAGACGUGUGGACAGGCGUUCGUGACAUCGCACGUUCUCACGGAGCACGUGCGCAGGAAGCACGAGAACUCGAGGAAUUUGGUGUGUGAGAUAUGCGCCAAGGUGUACCGCACGAAAUCCCUGUUCGAGAAGCACAUGGCGGAGCACAAGAGUCAGCUAAAGCCCACCAUUCCUUGCCCGAUUUGCCGAAAGAUGUUCAAGCAUCGCGUGGCCAUGCGGAAUCACAAGCGCUGUCACGACACAUCUGGAGAUUUGCAGUGUCAAUUCUGUCAGCACGUCUCGAUAAACCGGCGGGCGCUUGGCGAGCACGUGAGGAGCAUCCACAGGAGGCGGGAAGUGCUGCAGUGCAGCAUCUGCGAUCGAGUGUUCAAGAUGAGACGCUCACUGAGGGAACACAUGGCGCUGCACACUGGAGAAGUACUUUACACUUGUCCCUACUGCUCCAAGGAGUUCAACAACAACGGCAACUACUUCAUGCACAGGAAGAACGCUCAUCCGAUCGAGUACUUGGCCGAGCAGGAGAAGAGACGGGCAGAGCAAGUGUUCCAGAAGCCAGAGUUGAUGAAAUAAUGCAAAAUUCUGACAUAAAAAGUAUUAUUUCUCGCUAAAUAUACAAAAUGUGAAUAAAAA